AUACGACGACUACACUGUGAGCAAGAGGGCCCUGCAGUGUCCUUAGCUGCCAGCAGGUGGCACACGGGCACCACAACAUGAGCAAGAGGACCCUGCAGUGCCCUGGUUGCCAGCACGGGGCGUGCUGCCACUACACUGGGAGCAAGAGGAUCUUGUAGUGUCCGCAGGUGCCAGAAGAGGGCUUGCCCGCACUACACUAAAAGCAAGAGGGCCCAGCAGUGUCCCCAGCUGCCAGCAGGGGAGUCAGCCGCCACUACACUUGGAGCAGGAGGGCCCAGCAGUGUCCACAGCUGCCAGCACGCGAGCAUGCUGCCACUACACUGUGAGCAAGAGGGCCCUGCAACGUCCCUAGCUGCCAGCAGGCGGCGUGCUGCCACUAUACUGUGAGCAAGAGGGCCCUGCGUGUCCCCGCGCCAGCAGGGGGCGCUGGCCACCAGUGUAAGCAAGAGGGCGCUGCAGUUGCCCUAGGCGCCAGCAGGAGGCGCAGUGGCACAGCACCGUGAGCAAGCAGGUCCUGUAGUGGCCAGCUUUUCAGAUUACUGAGGUUCCACCCGUCUCUGCGCCGCACCCCCGGCGACGUGCGUCUCUCUGCCUGCACCGCGUCCACCCGCGCCCCCCAGCCCGGCGGCGUGUGAAUGUGCACCUGUGUGCCUGCAACGCUCCCCCCAACCCCCGGCCCAGCGGCGUGCAUGUCUGCGCCUGCGCCGCACCCACCCUACCGGCGACGCGCCGCUGUGCAUCUCUGCCCUGCGCCGCGCCUCCCCACGGGGGCCGGGCUGCCGCGCAUCUCUGCACCUGCGCCGCGGAGCGAGGGCGCGCGGCCCCUCUCUGCGCCGGCGCGGGCCCGCCGCGCCUCUCUGCGCCUGCGCCGCGGAGCGACGGCCCGCCGCUCUUCUCUGCGCCUGCGCGGGCGCGGUGCCUUUGCGAGGACGGAGCUGCGUUCGCCGCAGCACAGACCCAGAGGGCAUCGCGAGGGCGGAGCUGCAUUCUCCUCUGCACAGACUCCGGGGUACUGCGAAGGCGGAGCAGUGUUCUUCUCAGCACAGACCUGGGCGUGCGGGCCAGGGGCACCGCGAGGGCGGAGCUGCGUUCUGCUCAGCACAGACCUGGGGGACACCGCAAAGGCGGAGCACCAUUCUCCUCAGCACAGACGUUGGGGGCGCUACCUCGCUUUGGGACAACUCGGGGCAGCAUCGACGUAUUAUUGGGAGUCAUAUCAUCCUGUGGCCCUGAGGAGAGAAGGCAUUUCUCUUUCUGUCUACUGUCUCUGAAGAGGAGGAGGAAGUAAAAGUUGAAAACCAAGAAGUUUGAAGUCAGUGGCAAGACCAGCCACUGCCACUGAUGAGGCAGCCUGAGGUGAAAAGAUGAACCCCCCCUCCCCUACUCUAAGCACAUGUGCUCUGAAUCCAUCGGGAGCCUUUCAGGUGGAAACUCUUAGAGUUGUAAGCCCUGAGAAAACGCCUAGGAAGUCUGUCUUCCUUCGGGGCGCUCGGCUCUUAAGACGCGAGUCUUCUGACGCCCCUGGCCGAUUAAAAGCAACCUCUUCCUUCUUGAAUCCGGCGUCUGAGGGGUUUGUGUCCGCGACGAGUCCUGCUCCAGUUUUUGGUUCACAUGACCAGGAAUCGAACCUGGGCCGCGGCGGUGAGAGCGCCGACUCCUAACCACCAGACCACCUGGGAACUUCAAACUUCAUGGGAAAUAGAUUGCCCAACAUUAGAAGUGGGUUGGCCGUCACAAGUAAGCCUGGACAGGUCCCUUGUUUCUCAAGUGUGGCACAAGGUAACUGGGAAAGGAUACCUAGACCGCUUCCCAUACAUAGACACUUGGUGACAGCUGGUGCUAGACCCCCCACAGUGGCUAAGAGGGCAGGCAGCAGCAAUACUAGUAGCCAAGGGACAGACAGCUAAGGAAGGAUCCCGCUCCACCUGCCCAGGGAAAUCAACUCCUCAAGUUCUGUUUGACCCAAUGUCAGAAGAUCCAUUGCAGGAGAUGGCACCAGUGAUCCCAGUGGUGCCCUCCCCUUACCAGGGAAAGAGGCUCCCCACUCUUGAGCCCUCAGUGCUUGUGCCUCCGCAAGACAAGCAUAUCCCUAGGCCACCCAGAGGAGACAAGAGAGGAGGUGAUGCCUCGGGAGAAACCCCUCCCUUGGCAGCUCGUUGAUGACCCAAAACGGGGAUACAGAUGCCCCUGACAGCAGCGGUAUACUGGGAUAGAUGAGGAUGGUCACGUGGUGGAGAGGCGUGUUUUUCUCUACCAGCCCUUCACCUGUGCCGACCUUCUCAACUGGAAAAACCGUACCCCGUCCUAUACCGAAAAGCCACAAGCUCGAAUUGAUUUGCUCCAAACUAUUAUCCAGACCCACAACCCCACCUGGGCUGAUUGCCACCGGUUGCUCAUGUUCCUCUUUCACAGAGAUGAAAGGCGGAGAGUGUUCCUAGCAGCAACUAAGUGGCUAGAGGAACAUGCACCAGCUGAUUAUCAAAACCCCCAAGAGUAUGGAAGGACCCAGUUACCAGGAACCGGCCCCCAGUGGGACCCAAAUGAAAGAGAGGAUAUGCAAAGGCUAAACCGAGACAGGGAAGCUCUCUUGGAAGCAUUCAAGAGGGGAGCUCAGAAGGCCACAAACGUUAACAAGGUCUCUGAAGUCUCUGAGGUCAUUCGGGGAAAAGAAGAAAGACCAGCACAAUUCUUUUUUUUUUUUUUUUUUUUGAGAUGGAGUCUUUCUCUGUCCCCCAGGCUGGAGUGCAGUGGCACGAUCUCGGCUCACUGCAAGCUCCACCUCCCGGGUUCACACCAUUCUCCUGCCUUAGCCUCCCAAGUAGCUGGGACUACAGGCGCCCGCCAACACGCCCAGCUAAUUUUUUUGUGUGUUUUUAGUACAGACGGGGUUUCACCGUGUUAGCCAGGAUGGUCUUGAUCUCCUGACCUUGUGAUCCGCCCACCUCAGCCUCCCAAAGUGCCAGGAUUACAGGCUUGAGCCACCGCUCCCGGCCAAGUCCAGCACAGUUUUAUGAGAGAUUGUGUGAGGCCUAUCGUAUGUAUACUCCCUUUGAUCCCGAUAGCCCUGAAAAUCAGCACAUGCUUCACAUGGCUUGAGUCCAUCAAAGCGCAGAAGACAUGAGAAGAAAACUGCAGAAACAGGCUGUGCUUGCAGGGACGAAUACAUCACAAUUAUUAGAAAGAGCUAAGCAGGUGUUUGUAAACAGGGAUGCAGUAAGCCGUAAGGAACACCGCACAGAGAAUGAACGUCAGGCCCGGCGACACCGACCUGCCUGUUAGCUUCAGGAAUCAGAGGGCUCCCCCCAAAGAGGCAAGGGAAGGGGGGCCCUGGGAAAGAAACUCAGCUUGGCUGUCAGAGUUGGCAGCGUAGCCAGUGUGCUUAUUGUAAAGAAAUACGACAUUGGAGGAACAAAUGCCCUCAAGUUAAAAGAAAACAAGGUGACUCAGAGCAGGAGGCCCCGGACAAGGAGGAAGGGGCCCUGCUCAACCUGGCAGAAGGGUUCUUGGACUGAGGGAGAGUGGGCUCAAGUGUCCCCAAAGAGCCUAUGGUCAGAAUGACAGUCGGGGGUAGAGGCGUUGAUUUUCUUAUAGAUACCGGUGCUGGACAUUCGCUAGUAACCGCCCCGGUCGCCCCCUUCUCCAGAAAGACUAUUGACAUCAUCGGAGCCACGGGGGUUUCAGCAAAGCAAGCUUUCUGCUUGCCUGGGACUUGCACUGUAGGAGGACAUACAGUGACUCAUCAGUUUUUGUCCAUGCCUGACUGUCCCUUGCUCUUGUUGGGGAGGGACUUGCUUAACAAGCUGAGAGCCACUGUCUCUUUGACAGAGCAUGGCUCUUUGCUGCUAAAGCUACCCAGAAUGGGAGUCACUAUGAGCCUUAUGGUCCCCGGAGAGGAGGAAUGGAGACUUUUCUUCACUGAGCCGGGCCAAGAGAGAAGACCAGCUCCGGCUAAGCGGUGGCCAAGAGUAGGGGCGGAAGAUAACCCUCCAGGGUUGAUAUGGGGAGUAAUAUCAUCCUCUCCCCGUUGGGAUAUUCGGAACCAUAUCCCAGGGGGGUGUCCACCCUCUGCGAUAUUGGGAGUAAUGUCAUCCUCUGUUUCCUUGGAUAUUAGACACAAUAUCACAAAAAGGUGUACACCCCCUGUGAUACUGGGAGUAAUAUCAUACUCUCCUUCCCUGGAUAUUAGAAAACAAUAUCAUCAGGGCUGAACACCCCCUGCGAUAAUGGAAGUAAUAUUUUCUUUUCUUCUUCUUUUCUUUUUCUUUUUCUUUCUUUCUUUUCUUUUUUUUGAGACAGAGUUUCACUGUUGUUGCCCAGGCUGGAGUGCGAUGGCACGAUCUCGGCUCACUACAAUCUCUGCCUCCCAUAUUCAGGCAAUUCUCCUGUCUCAGCCUUCUGAGUAGCUGGGAUUACAGGCAUGUGCUACCACGCCCCGUUCAGUUUUCUUUUCUUUUCUUUUUUUUUUUGUAUUUUUAGUAGAGACUUUGUUUCUCCAUACUGGUCAGGCUGGUCUUGAACUCCCGACCUCAGGUGAUCCGCCCGCUUCGGCCUCCUAAAGUGCUGGGAUUACAGGCGUGAGUGACAGUGCCCAUCCACCACUUAGCAUUUUCAUUUUACAUUUGUUGAAGUCACAGAUCUCUACACACAUUGAUUCCUGCUUUAUUCUACACUUACAUAUAAAUAAAAUGGGAAAUAGAAAAGAAUAAAAUGGGCACAGUAUCCCUAAAGUUUCACAUUCCGAGACAUUUUAAAAAUAUUUGCUUUUUUGAAUUUUGUUUCAAUGAAGAAACUGUGGUAUACACACACUAUGCGGUAUUAUCCAGCCUAAAAAGGCAUAAAAUCCUCUCCACUGCAGAAAAAAUGGAUGAGACUGCAGGGUCUGUAUGUUAAGUGAAGUAAGGCAGGCACAGAAUGACAAAUAUUACAUGUCCUCACUUAGAUGUGGGAACAAAAGAAAAUCUUGGCCAGAUGUGGUGGCUCAGGUCUGUCAUCCCAGCACUUUGGGAGGCCAAGGCUGGCGGAUCACGAGGUCAGGAGAUCGAGACCAUCCUGGCUAACACGGUGAAACCCCGUGUUACUAAAAAUACAAAAAAUUAGCUGGGCGUGGUGGCGGGCAGCUGUAGUCCCAGCUACUUGGGAGGCUGAGGCAGGAGAAUGGCGUGAACCUGGGAGGUGGAGCUUGCAGUGAGCCAAGAUCGUGCCACUGCACUCCAGCCUUGGCGACAGAGCAAGACUCCGUCUCAAAAAAAAAAAAAGACAAUGCAAAAAAUUAGCCCACUGUGGUGGCGUGUGCCCAUAGUCCCAGCUACUUGGGAGGCUGAGGCACAAGAAUCGCUUGAACCCGGGAAGCGGAGGUUGCAGUGAGCCCAGAUUGUGCCACUGCACUCCAGCCUGUGCGACAGUGAGACUCCAUGUAAACACAAAACAAAACGAAAUUAAACAAAACCAAAAAACAAAACCAGACAGGCACUUCUGACACAGGCUGCAACAUGGAUGAACCUUGAAGACAUUAUCGUCAGUGAAAUAAAGAAAUCCCAAAAGGAUAAACACGACCAGGCUCAGUGGCUCACACCUGUAACCCCAGCGCUUUGGGAAGCUGAGGCAGGCGGAUCCCUUAAGGUCAGGAGUUCGAGAGCAGCCUGGCCAAUAUGCUGAAAGCUCGUCUCUGUUAAAAACACAAAAAUUAGCUGGGCGUGGGUGCGCAUGCUUGUAAUCCCAGCUACUCGGGAGACUGGGGCACAAGAAUCGCUCGAACCCACGAUGUGGAGGUUACAGUGAGCCGAGAUCACGCCACUGCACUCCAGCCUGGGCGACAGAGAAAGACUCUGUCCCCCCCCCCCAAAAAAACAGGAAAACAAAUUCAACACGGUAUGAUUCCACUUCCAUCAAGUGCCUAGAGUAGUUAAACUCAUAGAGUUGCAAAUCAGAAUGGUGGCCCCCGGGGUGGGCAAGAGAGAGGAAUGGAGAGUUUGGUGAAUGGGUGCCAUUUCCAUUUUGAAAGAAAACUGUUCUGGAGAUGACGGCGGUGAUGGUUGCUAAACAAUGUGAAGGUACUUAAUGUCAUUCAACUGUCAACUGAAAAAUAGUGGAAAUUGUCAAUGUUUAUACCGGCCGUUCUAGAUGCAAUCAUAUCUAUUUACAACUUUUAGUAUUGAUACGUGGUAUAUUUUCCCAUAAUAACAGAUGAAAAUGAAAGCAGUUGGAUCUUUAGAAAGAAAAGAAAGAAGCGAAGAAUACACGAAAGCUUCCUCCUGAUUACAGGAAGAGCCCCAAAGCUUCUACGGACACUCCCUUUUCUCUUCUUCUUCCUGCAGUCUUAUGAGAAAAUCUUUAGAGAUUGGGGAGCUUGGGCGACUUUGGCUAAUGAGGAGCUCUGUGCCUUGAGCCCCCCAGGCCAAAGAAUAGUCAAUACUCAGUCUGUGCCUCCAGCCCUGCAGUCUGAGCUUCCAGUCCUGGGGGCUUCACACCCGUCACCUGUAUCAGGAGGCUCAUGUCUCACCCUGUCUUCUUGCCAGCCUUGAGGACGGAGUCUGAGCCUCCAUCGUGCACCACGCAGGGAGGACCGUGGACCUGUUCUCCGCGGUCAUGGCCCGGCAGGGGGGAAGGGCAGUUCAGCUGAGGGACGUUCGGGAGCCUCGCUUUGUUUCCUCAUCCUCAGGACAAACAGGACAGUGCGGUGGGCAGAUGGGAGGAGACCAAGGUGCAACCUGUCAGCUCAGCAGACUGUGGAGUUUCUGUUCUUGCUUGUGGUGAGGGGGCCUCAGAAAUCUUAUUCAAACUUUUGCCUUCCUCCCCCACUGAGUUGUCCUUUUCAUAGACACCUCACCCAAGAUAGCAGGGAAUGAGUCCCUCUAAAUUAUUCCCUAAGAACAGCAAAGAUGAUGAAGGUGAUGAUGAGGAUAAAGAGGAUGAAGACAGACACCAGGGCAUCAUGAACCCUCACUGAGGGCUUCCUAAAGGCCAGGCUCUGAGCUCUGUGCUCUAUGCAGCUUGUUUCAUUUCAUCUGCAUAGUUUCCCAGUUACGAGUGCACAUUUCAUGAUGAUUUUACAGACUAGAGAAGGAGCAACGCAUUUUCAUAGGACUUGUACCAGAUCACGAAGUCAAAAAGGGUGAAGUCCAAUUUGAACCAGGCAGUCUAAGUCCGGACACAUGGCAUUUGGCCAAUCCUCUCCCUGCAUCCAACCUGCCCUCUCAAAUCCUUGUCACUCAGGCCGAUGCCCCUGCUCACUGUGCCCUUCCCUUUGGGGUUCCUUGUAGACCACAGCUAGACCAGUGGGUGCCACAAUCACUGUGUCAAGUAGAGAAAGGGCAGCUGAGAUCACAUCAAAGAUUCCAGAAAGAACGGGGACAGGAUCAUUCGGGACGCAUCUCUCCCUUGCCCCUGUUCCUGGCUCUCCUUACAGCUCUCGACUGCCUCAAAGGAGUCAUCGAUUCAGAGUUUGGCUUCCAUUCCUACUGAGGAAGCUGGAAAGCGUUUCAAAAAAUGCUCCUCAGACGUGCCCGUGGUUAAGACCUCUAAGCUCUGCUUACAACUUUUGGAAGCUGGGCACGGUGGCUCAUGCCUCUAAUCCCAGCACUUUGGGAGGCUGAGGCAGGCAAAUCACAAGGUCAGGUGUUUGAGACCAGCCUGGGCAACACGGGGAAACCCCGUCUCUACUAAAAAUAGAAAAAAAGGAGCCAGGCGUAGUGGCGGGCGCCUGUCCUCUCAGCUGCUCGGCAGGCUGAGGCAGGAGAAUAGCUUGAACCUGGGAUGCGGAGGCUGCAGUGAGCCGAGAUCACUCCACUGCACUCCAGCCUGGGCCACAGAACGAGACUCCAUCUCAAAAAGCAAAACGCAAACCACAACUUUUUGAGAGUUGGAAGACCAUGAAGUAGAGUACCCGGGACUUAGAGUCUGGCCAUGAAUUUGGAAUACCACCCUUUCUACUUCUGUGUAUGGCAGGCGGUGAGAUGUCCAUCCUCUGAGACUCAGCACUCUAAUCUGAGCUGAUUUCUAGGUGAUCUAAUGGAAGCGAGCGAUGAUGAAACCGAUUGUGGGUGCCCGCUGCGUGAUCUCUCUGUGAUGGAUGUGGAAAGUCAAGGCCAAGUGAAUCUCCCAUACAUUCGUUACUAUUUUAAGCUUCAACUCCAUAUAGUUCAAUGGAAAUAUCCCCUGACCUGAAGUUCCGGUUUCCCUGCAUUCCAGACAGGACAUUUUCUUUUGUCCUUAUCUCAGUAAGUACUGAGUAUUGUGAGAGGAACAAGUGAGUCUCUGUUGUUUCUGAUUCUCCAGAGCCUGUAUCUUGCUUGGCACAGAAGAGGUAGCAAAAGUCAAAAUCUAUGUUAAUUCUUGAAUUGACACUUCCUUGGUUCACAACAAUUGGCUGUCAUCAGUGUGACUUCAACUUACUUGAUUCUUUUUGUUUUUUGUUUUUUGAAACGGAAUUUUGCUCCCGUUGCCCAGGCUGGAGUGCAGUGGUGUGAUCUCGGCUCACCGUAGCCUCUGCCUCCCAGGUUCAAGCCAGUCUCCUGCCUCAGCCUUACGAGUAGUUGGGGCUACAGGCACCCGCCGCCAUACCGGGAGAAGUUUUUGUAUUUUUAGUAGAGGCAGGGUUUCACCAUGUUGGCCAGCAUGGUCUUGAUCCCCUGACCCCGUGAUCCGCCCUCCUCGGCCUUCCAAAGUGCUAGGAUUACAGGCGUGAGCCACCGUGUCUGGCCGAACUUUCUGAUGAAAACUCUAAGUCCACCUAAGCUAAGGAUAGGAGUUGUAGCUGACGUGAAUUUUCAAAGAAGACCCACCGAUUUGAGGAAGCAAUUACUAUUCCUGCUGAAGGUGAAAAGUCAGAAAACGGAACGAUGACAUCACUAGGACCUAACUGGCUUGUGGAACCAGUUUCUGCUUAGGAACUAUCAACUUUCAUUUCAUUUCCAGCUGACAUGGUCUCAGCUCUUGUUGCCCAGGCUGGAGUGCAAUGGCUCGAUCUCGGCUCACCGCAACCUCCGCCUCCCAGGUUCAAGCAAUUCUCCUGCCUCAGCCUCCCGAGUAGCUGAGAUUACAGGCAUGCACCACUACGCCCGGCUAAUUUUGUAUUUUUAGUAGAGACGGGGUUUCCCCAUGUUGAGGCUGGUCUCGAACUCCUGACCUCAAGUGAUCCGCCCGCCUCAGCCUCCCAAAGUGCUGGGAUUACAGGCGUGAGCCACCGCGCCCCGCCUGGUCUCAGCUGCUAUACAGUGUUUAUAAAUGUUCUAAAUCAAGGGAAUUUGUAUCAAUCUAGUAGAAUAAAAUAAAAUAAAAUAUUUGAGUUCUUAAUUUCCUUUAA